AUGAAGGCGUGGAGUGACGAAUGGAGGUGUGCGCGGUUGCAGCUAUAUCUCCGCGACGAGGAGCUCUUCCAGGGAGAGAGCGUAAACGUGCAAGUGAUCGCAGACGUGACGCCUCUAUCCAGUAGCUCAAAGUCUCAUUCUACCAAGAACCAAGCCCCCAAAACUGCAGAACGAUUGCUACACCGAUGGAGAGAACAUUGUGAAGGUGCUCGCGUGCAAAUUCAGGUCGUGGAAGUCUCAGAAUCGGACCCUCACGCGAGUAGCUCCACUCCGUCCUCCACUACAUUAUUUCGACAGGAAACUCAGAUUUCUCAUGUGUCAGUGGACGAAUUAGAGGACGGAGGUGUGCCUAGCGCUAAGCUCAAGGCUCAAUUCGACCUUAAAAUCCGUCACGAGUUCUGGGGAAGAGAAGUGCUCCUCAUUGUGCACAUCACACCCAAGAAAAGCGUGGUUGGCGCUCCUGGAGACGUCAGUAAUGAUGGAAAACAUGGAUCUUUCGAUCCCAGAGAAUCAAUAGGGGCCUCACUCCUUCGAGAUGAGUGGGCUACCUCCCAAUUAUUGUCCUUAACUAGGGAAGAAGCUCAGCCGACACCCGUAAUGACUCGUCGUGUUGAGCAGCAUAUUGUCGUCGCAAAGCCGUUGCAACUUGAGGUCGAGACUCGGGAGCUGGCCACACGACGUGUGGGAAUCUUGGCUCGAGUAUUAAACGCUCACUCGACGCUGGCGUUAGCUGUGCGAGACUUGCAUCUCCAUCUGGACCAGUCGUUACGACAAAAAGCGUCAGGCAGACGCUAUCGCGUCGUGAGCGGCGAUAAAGUGCCGUUUCCAGUUGUGCUGCAACCUCAAGAACGCUACAACUUUCUCUUCGUGUUGGAGCCAGUAGAGAUAACAACGCCAGACGAGGCGCUUGAGGGGCCAGAAGGUGACGAUAUCAAGCAAGCGAAGAGCAAUACGCAGAAGAAAAACAAGUCGCCCCUACCUCGUCGUUCGACAGUAUCUACUACUUUAUUAACGAUGUCCUGGCAAGCGGCCGCUGUUUCCAUGGAUACAAUCACGGAGAAUCGUACGAUCAUGUGGUCUCCACCGCGCUCGUUCUCCUCUCUCUCAAGUGACGACGUCCAAAAGCUUGUGACGUAUGUGCAAGCGGGGAACUCGAAGAAAAACGCGAAACCCUAUGCGGAUUUCAAAUGCGUGCGACUUCUUCCAGACUCGGUGUUGAAGGUCGCAGUAGCACCGCUUUCUGCCAAUAUCGCGGUUGGAAGCGCAGUCACGGUGUGUGUGACGGUAGUGAACCGCUCUACACGCACCGAUUUUGACUUGACCCUAGUGCUCCCUUCACAGAAAGGAGGUGUUCGUGAUACUUCGCCUGAUGUCGUGGGUUUCGAGGCUUCUCAUCGGUUGGGACUGGUACGUCCGGGUAUAAGCGUCCGAAGAAGCUUACACGUUGCUUUUCUCCGAGUGGGCAAUUGCCAUCUGGGGCCACUGGUGCUGGUAGAUCACUUGACACGAACUUGCUUCAUAUCUGACGACUGGGAGGUGUUCAUCAAGAACUGA